CCACACUCUACCCACCCGCCGCCGUUAUGGCGGUCUUUCUCGAACUCAGCCAGAUGCUUGUAACAUCCGACCGUGACUCCAAGAAUCGCCUUGACAUUGCUACUGCCACCCACGCAGGCGAUCAUCACGAACAAUUGGCAAAGGCCGCGCAGGAGCAUGACAGAAUUCGCGAAGGCGCAGAACGGGAGCUAGAGCGCUUAACACUCGAAUCCUUACAGCUAGAGAAAGCUAUACAAGAAGCAGAGCUACAACAACUUCGACAAGCCGAACAACGACGACGCGAAAUCGCACAAUUACAACUAGAUAAUGCCCAAGAACAACAAUUCGAAAUUGAGCGAGUGCAGCUAGAGAAUGUGAAGCGGGAGAUCCAGCUGGAGAAUAUCAGACGAGAGGCAGAGGCGAAACAGCGCGCAAUCGAACAGAAGAAGAUCGAGCACGCACUCCCGCAACCAACUCCAGCCCCCCCUCUUGUGCAACCGCAGCAUCAGGUUGCCAAUGUACCCAGCAAUCGUCCAGAACUCCAGCCAAGUCAGUCACACCUCCCAUCCAAACCAGCCGUCACAAAUACCUCGGCCGGCACGGACAUUGAAGAGCUCCACACAAAAUACCUUCAGCUGCACGAGCGCAUGAAACGGUUUCGGAAGGCUUUUCCGAAGGAAUAUCCGGCCAAGCACCCAAUGAGGGAUCUCAUUGGCAACACAAGGAGAGAUAUGAGGCUACGAAUGGGUCAGAUCACCACCGAGAGAAACGCUAGUAAAGCUGCCAUCGGCAGGAUGCGAGAAAUCCUGAAUAAGGCUCAAAGCAGCAAUGGGCCAACCGUAGAUAUCCGUCCGUACAUAGUGUCUCAACCACUCCCUGCAAUUUCGAACGAAGCAGAGGCCCAAUAUCCUGCUGUCCUCCUAUAUGCAUGGAUUUGCUUCGAAAAGUCUCUUAUCAAACAAUUUGAACAAGAGGCUGCCAACGAGGAUGGAAGAAUCAUUCAAGAGCUUGGAUUGAUUGCUGCCAGUCUUAUUUGCGAUCCAAAGUACACAUGGAAAGGCCUCUGUAUGAAAGACAUAUUGUUAGCCAAGUAUCACAAGGCUGCUCCAAUGUUGUUCGGGAUCACCGGACGGAUGGACACUCGAGAAGGACAAGCGCGCUUGGGAUGGGUAACGAUCAGUGGUAAUGAUCCUGAGACCAAUGUGUACAACCAACGCAUGAUUGGACUUGGGGCAGGUUAUGCGGCCUUGUCGCUGAGGUCUUUUAGCGGCAAGCUGCCUGCCUUCCCUAUAUCAGACUACUGGCGGGCCAUCUCGUCAAUUUGCAACACCCCGGUGGAGACCCUCUACGACGGUCAUUUCAUGUUGCUGAAAGGCUUGAUGCGGGAUUAUGCCUCAAAAUUUCUUCAUUUUUAUGGAAAUCAGGCGAAGGGAGUGUUGCGUAGGGCAGCUAUCGACCUACCGAAUCAAGCCCCGGCUCGUGCUAAAGACGCGGCGAACUUGGUCAAGGUUUUGCCGGAUGUGUGGAAAACCCACCGGAUUUCGUUAGAGUAG